AUGAUGCAACUCAUUCUCCUGAGUCUUGUUACUCUAUUCUUGGUCUUGGGUUCAUGGGCUGCUCCCAGCAAUGGCGAACCUUACCUCUCCUCUAGAGUCCGACUUGCCUCGGCGGGAUCGUUGACCAAACGACAGUCGGGUUCUGUCCCUGAGCAGUGCACGAACAUCUGCGAUCCUAUAAACAGUGUGGUUGCUUCGGACCCAUCUCCUAUCAUGUACUGCUCACAGUCAUUUGAGAACGGCUAUUACAACUGCACUCUCUGCGUUGGAACAGCUGUUAAUGCUACUGAUUACAGCGUAGCACAAAAAGAUUUGGAUAAUGUUUACCUUACUUGUUUAUACAGUGGCUAUCCACUUGAAGAAUUGACGUUACCGGGACAAAAUCCCAAUCGCACCCUUACGACUUCAUUUGCUUCUGUUGCCCCUCAGACAUCGCUCACGGCACCGGCGUCUCAAACUACAGCUCUCACAUCUUCAGGCUCCACAUCGGCUUCAGCAUCCAAAACCUCAUCCACGCCAGCAACAACAACUACUGCAGGCGCAAGGAUACUUUCUCCCAAUAUAUUCUGGGCAGGAUUAGCGAUUACAUUGGGCUGGAUCACAUUGACGAUACAGUAGUCUUGAAAAGAGAAGUUGGGAACUCUCGAAUGGAUCCCUUAUAUAUUUUCUUACGAUUAUUAGUCACGAAUAGUAUGGAUGUUGUAUGACGGGUGAACGAUAAGAUUGUUAACUUAGAUAUUCUGGCACAUGUGGCGUUGUGGCAUGUGCU